AUGUCGCUCAAGCCGCUCACCCCGCCGUUGCGCUUCUCGACCGUCGCCUUUUCCGGCAACGAUAGGCCCUCGACAUCUGUACCCGAUGCCGGACCGGACGACCCUCGCAGCCAUCCGCAUCACCGCGAAUCGGUCUAUCGAGGCGCGUACCCCAAGGCGCGCAACCUCUACUUUCUCUCGCGGCUGCAUCUCCGCACCGUGCUCAGCUUGACGCCCAGGCCAUUGGACAACGAUGCCGCCAUAUUGAAGUGGUCCUCGCCGUCACAAUCUGCCUCGACGUCGUCAUCCGUCGUGGCCGAAAAAGCGUCGCAGCUCGGCAUCCAGCUUGUCCAUGUGCGGUGCGAAAAGCCCAAAGACGAGAGCGGCGGCCUCACGCGUGAAGGUGCAGCGCGUGCGCUCUCGGUGCUGCUCGAUCGGCGCAACCAUCCGAUCUACGUGCACUGCCUCGACGGCGUAGAGGUGACGAGCACGCUCGUCGCGUGCAUGCGCAAGGUGCAGGCGUGGUCGACACCAGCCAUCCUCGCCGAGCUUGGGCGCGCGCUGCGCGAUUCCAGCUCGUCCGAGUGGACCGAAGUGCCCUCGCAUCUGUCGUCCUUUCUCACCAAGUUCGGCCAGCCUGACGGCGUGCGUCUGCCGCCCCGCAACCACAUCCCGUCCUGGCUAUGGCCUGCGCCCAACCCGCUCUCCGUCCUGGCCGAUCCGUAUGCAUGGGCACCCAGCUCGCAUCACAACGGCCUCUCCAACGGCAGCAGCUCUCAGGAUGCAUCCAAUGGAGCCGAUUCGCAGAUGGCCAAGAGUCCCUCGCACGCGCCCAUAUCCUCCGCAUCGUCCGACACUUUGGCUGUCUCUUCUGCCAGAGCAGUGCCUCAGCAACGCGCCAUCGCAUCCUUACGGCGCGAAAGGCAGCUUCCCAUCCAUCAUCCCACGCUCAAGCUCCACUUUGACACGGACCCAGACUUGCCCGCCGAGCCUUCUCCCCCGUCGGUGUCCGUAGCUGUCUCGGCGACCCCUUCUUCGGGUGUGCAUCGGCCAACAACACCUUCGCGUCCACUGCAGGCACACUCGCGCACCUCGUCGUACAACAGCAUCGCCAGCUUGCGCACUCCGCCGCAUUCGAGGCCUUCCAGUCGCGCAGGUCGACCUCCCACUGCAAGCAGCACCGCCGGCUCGCAUCCACUCGCAUCGCGCUCCACCUCGCUGGCGCCAGACCAGGCGGGAUCCACACGAAGGAACGCUUCGCUCCUCAGUCCCAGUCCAGCAAGCGCUGCUGUGGGGUUGUCCGAGAGCCAGCUGCCUUCCGUUGCGGCCUUCCUCGAAGAUCAAUUGCUCGACGAUGCUGUGCCGAGCGUCUAUCCAUCUUCCGAUGGCUCGCCUGUGCGUCCUGGACGUUCGGACACGGUCAUGCCGAGACUCGCGGAUCAGCCGCUUUCCUUGCAUACGGCCUCGUCCUCGACCGACUCGGGCUCGCUCUCGAUCGAGACCAAGCCGCCGCUCGCCACAGCGCACAACGACGACCUCGACGUCAGCACGCCACGCGCUCGUCCCACCACAUCGAGCAACUUCAACAUCGGCAUCGCCGGUACAGUCUUUCACCACGACGACGAGAUUACGGACCACGAGGGUGAUCUGGUCUCGAGCAUCGGACGUCGAACCGCCGCGCCAGGAUACAGGGGUGGCAUUCCGGGGUCCCGCGUGGUGGUUCCGCUCGAGAAGCGACGCCAGCGCGCAGUCGAGCUGGAUGCACACGAUGUCGAGGGCGAACAGACUCCGACAAAGGCAAGCGCCACAGCGACCAAGCACGAUCCCACCGCACAUGCCGGCCGCGCUGUCAUGCAGCCAUCCGCCUGGAUCUUGGCUUCAGAUCCCGACGAUCCGUUCGUCGGGCCUUCAAAUGCAAUGGAAGAGCGGAGAAAAAAUGCUUUCGUUGGUGGAUUGCGCACAGAGGAUGCCAGCGCUGCAUCCAGCGAAGAGCAGGAUAGCGCCGCGCAAGUAUCUCUGCGGCCUGACUCGGACACCGCGCGGGAAAGCAUCGAUGAAGGACGCAGCCUUGGAAACGACAAUGACGACGAGUCCGACGACGGCGAGCAUGCAGCCGAUGGAGAGGAUCAAGAGACGAGUGAAGAGGAGGAGGAGGAUGAAGAGGAGGAAGAAGAAGAGGAGGAGGAAGAGGAAGAAGAGGAAGAGGAAGAGGAUGAUGAGGACGAAGAUGAUCUCGCGCUCGAAGCGCUGGAUCUGGAAGGCUAUUGA